UGUGUAUAUAUGUGUGAUAGCUGUGCUGGGAGCUCAGCUGUGCCCAAACUUCCUUGUACCACACACACGGAGACUGUGCUGUGCUGUGCCUCCUGUCCUGAGCUCUGGGCUGAGCUGCUGUGUGUGUUGCUGUCGCUGUGCUGUCGGUCGGACUUUCCCGGUGUUUGCAAAGCAGAAAGAUCAGAUCUCUCCUAAAGAUCUCAACACAUCCAGUGACGCAGUGAAGACAAAGUGCACCUGCCAAACGGCUCUCAGGAGUUAAUCACCUUCUGAUCACUGCCUGGAGCUGUGCAUAAAAGAGCAGACAAGACUCCCACGUCUCUCAGUCAGCUAAAAAGAAAUCAGCAGAGCAGAUUAAUGCAGACUUGUGUCUAGUGGCCCUUCAUACAAAGGCUGCCUUUAAAGAGAACAUAGUGAUAUUUAAUGAGCUGUGAGAUGAGGCCCUGCUGGUAAUACUGGAAGCACAAGACUCUUCCUCUAUUCAGCUUGCUCGAUAUACAUGAUUCAACACAGUGCAUUUGGAACAGCUCAACCAAGAUUCCACAACGGCUGCUGGGGACAGGCCACUGAGCAUGCCUACCGAGACGCUACAGGCAGAUAGCAUGGUCAAACCUGUUGGCUCCAUGGCCACCUUCACGUCAGCCGUUCCUCUGCGUAUCCUAAACAAAGGGCCAGACUAUUUUCGUAGACAGGCAGAACCCAACCCCAAGAGACUGAGCGCUGUGGAGAGGCUGGAGGCUGAUAAAGCCAAGUACGUGAAGAGCCAAGAGGUCAUCAAUGCCAAGCAGGAGCCGGUGAAACCUGCCGUCCUGGCCAAGCCCCCGGUGUGCCCCGCCGUCCGGCGGGCAGCCGGCACCACUGCCCAGAAGAUCGCCAAUAACCACAAGGCUGAAAGCAGCGCGAAGCGGGAGAACUUAAACCUGGAAAUCCUGAGGAACAUAAUCAACAGCUCGGAGAGCUCCACAUCGGGCUCGGUGCACAAACACAGCACGAGAAACUGGCCCCAGCACAGGCCUGCCUCCACGGAAAUCAGCCGUCGCACUUUUGCGGAGUCUAUUCAGGUCUAUACCAAUGAAGGCCGUGGCAGCCCGCAGGGGGGUAACCUGAAUGUGACUAAAAAAUUGUUUGAGGACCAAGUCAGCGAUUCGGUCCUGCACGUUUCCCACAGUUCAGCAGAAGUGAGGAGAGUGGCGGAAGCCAAGCCUUUGAAAGCCAUCCCCUGCAGCAGUUCUGCGCCACCCGUUCUACCCAAGCGCAACAUUCCGACCUGCAACGUACCCACGUCACCAACGCAAACCACCCCCGAACCGGCCGGCAAUGCCAGCCGGAGGCCUUCGCUCCACCGGUCCAAAUCUGACCUGAGCGACAGGUACGCUCGCGCCAACGCUGACGUGGAGCGCUUCUUUAACUACUGCGGACUGGACCCUGAGGAGCUCGAGAACAUUGGCAUGGAGAACUUCACAAGGGCUAACUCAGACAUAAUCUCCCUGAACUUUCGCAGUGCGAGCAUGAUCAGUUCAGACUGCGAGCAGUCGCGAAGGAGCAAUGACGACCUGACAGACGACGAGGACGCCAACGACCGUGUGCCGUACGGCAUCUCGGCUAUCGAGAGGAAUGCCCGGGUCAUCAAGUGGCUGUAUAGUUGUAAACAAGCGAAAGAAUCCCAGAAAGUAUCUCACGUUUGAGGAAAGGACAUGUUAAUUAUUCUGUUUGGAUUCAAUUUUUUUGUUUGUUUUUGUUUUUUUUCGGUCUGUGAAUCUUUAGUUGUGAAAAAUUGUGAAGUCCGCUGAGAUGUCUCAGAACUCAAUCCCAUUGUACAUUCUCUCAUUGCAUGCUGAUCAACUCAUGCUCAGAACCAGCCUCCACCUCAAAAAAAAAGCGCACAAGCAGGACAUAGACAUGGACACUUCAGCUGUUAUAGAAAUGUUCAUUGAGCACGAGACAUUGCGCACACAUUUCAUCAUACAUUUCAAACAACCCAUAAAUGACUUCUCCUCUUUCCUCUCCUCUCACAACCUUUCCCUCCCGCAUCCACUCUGCCACCCACAUUCACGGUCACCCAUUCGACCUGGUGAUUAUCCAGGGCCUCAGUGUCUCGGAUAUCACAAUCACAGACAAAGCCA